AGGCUUUUUAUUAUUAAUAGGCACAGUUUUUAUAUAAAUAUAAAGUUUAUUAAGUACUAUUAUAAAAAUAAGAUUUUCCUGGCUAUUUAUUCUUCUUAUUUAACUUACCGGCUUCAGCCUCUAGAUAUUUUUUUCUUUUUUUUUUUUGCUAUUUACUACUUAACUAAAUUAAACCGGUUUAUUUUAAAUUCUAAAAAAUUCUUACGCUUUAUAAAAAGGGACCUUUUUAGGAUAUUUUAG